GUGAUAGCGGAAGGAAUACUCACGUAUUUUUACCCGUGUUCAGAAUUCUGCCCAAACUGUAUUAUUCACAUGUAUAAAAUGACAUCUCCUCUUGCAAGAGCCUCCAUAAAUGCUUCUAAAAAACUACUUGGAGCUUCUAGUGUCAUCAGGGUACAGACACAGACUGCUUUUUAUCACAAAAAUGUGAUUGAUCACUAUGAGAAUCCAAGAAACGUGGGAUCACUUGACAAAGAUGACUCUGCAGUAGGGACAGGACUGGUUGGUGCACCUGCAUGUGGUGAUGUAAUGAAGUUACAGAUUAAAGUUGAUGAGAAUGGAAAGAUAGUCGAUGCAAAAUUCAAGACAUUUGGUUGUGGUUCAGCAAUUGCAUCAAGUUCAUUGGCCACAGAAUGGAUUAAAGGAAAAUCAGUCACAGAGGCAACAACGAUAAAAAACACAGAUAUUGCCAAAGAACUGUGUCUGCCUCCUGUAAAGCUGCAUUGUUCAAUGCUUGCUGAAGAUGCAAUCAAAGCAGCAUUGAAGGAUUACCAAGUCAAGAAAGAAUCUAAAAAAUAGAACAAUUUUGAACCACAGUGUUGAUAUACACCUACUUGCAAGAACGUUGUCUUACGAUAUUAGAACAUUAGUACUUUAGCGAGAAAGGAAUACAUUAAAAGACAAAAGAAAAAGUUCAGCUUCAGUGAUCUUCUUUUGUUUUUUAAUAUAAUUCUUAUCCCACUAAAUCACUAAUGUUCUAUUGUCGUAUGACAACGUUCUUGGAAGUAGGUGUACAUUAAUAGGUGAAAGUAUAUCUGCAGUUGUACAUAGUUGAAGGCGAUUAUAGCAUGUCUUCAGUUACAUCUCUACUAAUGUACUGGGUUUGAACUUUUAAGUUUCAGCAAAUGUACAUGUAAAGUAUAGUAUAAUGCAUUUACGUAUGAGUAGUAUACAGAAUAGGGGUUCUGCAACGGGUGGAUCAGGGUGGAUCGUGGAUCUACGCUAAGAAUGACGUCACCCCUAUAAAAUGACGUCACACUCUAUACCUCUUCGGAUUGGACACGUCUACUUUUAGAAUGACCCCCAAUCAUGACGUCAUAGCUCCUUACAGCCAAUCAGCGGUGUUGCGGAAAUUCCGCCUCUAGGCUCUCUUCGGGAAGGUCACAUCUAUUUUUAGAAUUAUGACGUCAUCAGACGUGAGAACCAAUCCGCGACCGCUUUGGAAACUCCGGAGCGAUCUCCCAGACCCCCAUCUGGAUAGAUCAUAUCUAGUUUUAGCUCACUGUAUUCAAACCUGUCUGGAUAACGUGAUAGGUUGUUUGAGUUUUAAGAACACCUCUUUUCUAAGAUAGUACGAUAGGUGGGAUAUGUAGUAUCUUUUUUUUAAAGAUUUUAAAGAAAAUAUUAAUAUUUCGCUCGAUCCCCUGAUUUUACUUUCCGCUCGUAACCUUUCUCAUUUAUACUAUUAUUUUGGUUUGUAUCAUUAGUAACACAACGAUGGCUCCUGGCGUCUACUUGUAUUACAAAGUUGUUUUUCGAAGUAAACAUAAUCAUUCUC